AUGGAGGAGGGCGGCCGGAGCCCCCGGGAGGAGGCGGCCGAGCCGCAGGAGUCCGGCGGCGACGCAGAGCCCGGCGGCGGCGGCGGGCGGCGGGGGCUGCUGCUUCCUCCCGGUGACCCGCCGCACCCCCACCCGCACCCGCACCGCAUCACCAACUUCUUCAUCGACAACAUCCUGCGGCCCGAGUUCGGGCGGAGGAAGGAGGCGGGCGGCCCCGGCGGCGAGCCCCGGCGGCCCGGAGCAGAGAGCCGCCGCAGCCCAGCCGCGGCACCGACCCCCGGGGCUCCGCUACCCGGCGGCGGGGCGGGCUCCGGCCGGGGGGAGGGCGGCCCCGCCGGGCUGGCCCUGCACGGCGCCGCCAAGAAGGGGGGGGACCCCGCGGCGCUGGAGGCGGCCCUGAAAGCGCGGGGGCUGAGCGGCGGCGACCUGUCGGUGAGCUCGGACUCGGAUAGCUCCCAGGCCAGCUCCAACGCCGGGAACCAGCCCAUGCUCUGGCCCGCCUGGGUUUACUGCACCCGGUACUCGGACCGGCCCUCCUCAGGUCCCCGCUCCCGCAAACCAAAGAAGAAGAACCCCAACAAGGAGGACAAGCGGCCGCGCACCGCCUUCACCGCCGAGCAGCUGCAGAGACUCAAGGCCGAGUUCCAGACGAACCGGUACCUGACGGAGCAGCGGCGGCAGAGCCUGGCCCAAGAGCUCGGGCUUAACGAGUCCCAGAUUAAAAUUUGGUUCCAGAAUAAACGAGCCAAGAUCAAGAAGGCGACGGGCAGCAAGAACUCCCUGGCAGUGCACCUCAUGGCCCAGGGGCUCUACAACCACUCCACCACGGCGAAAGACGGCAAGUCGGACAGUGAAUAG